CCCCCCUGUGUCUGUCGCCUGAUUGGCUGCUGGUUCGCCCAGCUGACUGCCCUCUGUCAGACACAGAGAGAGAGAGAGAGACAGAGGGAGGGUGAUGGAGGCUACAGCGAUGGGGUCAGACGUGGGUUCUCCAACAUGGCGGCAGCGUCGUACGACCAGCUGCUGAGGCAGGUGGAGGUGUUAAAGAUGGAGAACUCCAACCUGCGACAGGAGCUGCAGGACAACUCCAACCACCUGACCAAACUGGAGACUGAGGCCUCCAACAUGAAGGAAGUGCUGAAGCAACUGCAGGGCACCAUAGAAGAAGAGUCUGGAGAAGCGUCGGGCUCUCAGCUGGAGCUCAUCGAAAGACUGAAAGAGAUGAGCCUGGACUCUGCAGGUUUUAAGCCCAGGUUGAGGCCUCCUCUGCCCCCCUCGUCCUCCUCCAGCUCGGCCUCUUCUGUUUCUGGAGCUCCUGGAGGAGCAGCUGGGGGCUCCGGACCUCCAGGCCCCCCGACGCCCGCUGCCUUCCCCAGGAGAGGGCUGCCCUCUGCGGGCAGAGACAGCCACGACCGGUGCCUGGAGGAGCUGGAGAAGGAGAGGUCUCUCCUAUUGGCUGAGCUGGAGAAGGAGGAGAAGGAGAAGGACUGGUACUACGCUCAGCUGCAGAAUCUCACCAAGAGGAUCGACAGUCUACCGCUUACUGAAAAUUUCACUCUGCAGACGGACAUGAGUCGUCGUCAGCUGGAGUUUGAAGCUCGUCAGAUCCGUUCAGCGAUGGAGGAACAGUUGGGCUCCUGUCAGGAGAUGGAGAGGAGAGCUCAGGCUCGUGUGUCUCGUAUUCAGCAGAUAGAGAAAGACAUCCUGAGACUGGGAGCUCGACUGCAGGUGGAGGAAGUUCAGGGGGCGAGCGACGGCAGCGGAUUGGCCGGAGCUCAAAGCUCCAGCAGCCGAUUGGACCACGAGCCGGCCAACGAGGCGAGCUACUCUGUGCCUCGACGAAUCACCAGCCACCUGGGAACCAAGGUGGAGAUGGUGUACAGUCUUCUGUCCAUGUUGGGGACUCAUGAUAAAGACGACAUGUCGCGGACGCUACUCGCCAUGUCGAGCUCACAAGAUUCAUGCAUUGCCAUGCGUCAGUCCGGCUGUCUGCCGCUGCUCAUCCAGCUGCUGCACGGCAACGACAAGGACUCCCUGUUGCUAGGUAACUCUCGCGGCAGUAAAGAGGCUCGUGCGCGGGCGUCUGCAGCGCUGCACAACAUCGUUCACAGUCAGCCGGACGAUAAGAGAGGCCGGCGUGAGAUCAGAGUGCUCCACCUGUUGGAGCAGGUGCGUCAUUACUGCGAGGCGUGUUGGAGCUGGCAGGAGAACCAUGAGAGGGGCGUGGACCAGGAGGACAACCCCAUGCCGUCUCCAGUAGAGCAUCAGAUCUGUCCGGCCGUCUGCGUCCUCAUGAAACUUUCCUUCGAUGAAGAACAUCGACACGCCAUGAACGAACUCGGCGGUCUGCAGGCGGUGGCGGAGCUGCUGCAGGUGGACUGUGAGAUGUUCGGUCUGAGCAGUGAUCAUUACAGCGUCACGCUGCGGCGAUACGCCGGCAUGGCGCUCACCAACCUCACCUUUGGAGAUGUAGCCAAUAAGGCCACGCUGUGCUCCAUGAAGGGCUGUAUGAGAGCGAUGGUCGCUCAGUUAAAGUCUGACAGUGAAGACCUGCAGCAGGUGAUAGCGAGUGUGUUGAGAAACUUGUCGUGGCGUGCUGAUGUCAACAGUAAGAAGACGCUGCGUGAGGUCGGCAGCGUGCGAGCGCUGAUGGGCUGUGCUCUCGAGGUCCAGAAGGAGUCGACUUUGAAGUCUGUGCUAAGCGCACUCUGGAACCUGUCGGCUCACUGUACGGAGAACAAGGCGGAUAUCUGCACGGUGGACGGUGCUCUGGCGUUUCUGGUGGGAACACUGACACACCGCAGCCACACCAACACGCUUGCCAUCAUCGAAAGUGGCGGUGGCAUCCUGCGCAAUGUCUCCAGCCUCAUCGCCACCAACGAGGCGCACAGGCAGAUCCUGCGUGAGCACGGCUGCCUGCCGACUCUGCUGCAGCACCUGAAGUCUCACAGUUUGACCAUUGUGUCCAACGCCUGUGGGACGCUCUGGAAUCUGUCAGCCAGAGAUGCCAAAGACCAGGAGGCAUUAUGGGAGCUGGGUGCCGUGGGCAUGCUGCGCAACCUCAUCCACUCCCGGCACAAGAUGAUCGCCAUGGGCAGCGCCGCCGCCCUGCGCAACCUGAUGGCCAACCGGCCGGCACGCUACAAGGAUGCCAGCGUGGUGUCGCCGGGCGCCGGCGCCCCAUCAUUGCAGGCCCGCAAACAGAAGGCGUUAUUUGAGGAGCUGGAUGCCCAGCAGCUGUCGGAGACUUUUGACAACAUCGACAACCUGAGUCCCAAGGCGGCACACAAGAAGGGGCGGGGCUGUAAUGGCGCUGGAGGAGGAGGAAGUACAACACGCUCGUACGCCAACACGCCGGUGCUGUCGAGCCCAAAGAAUGGAGAUGGAUCAAAGAGGACGAGUGAGGAAGCAGCGUAUGUUCGGCCGGUGUUCCCGCCCAGCGUCCGAGCAUCCAGCGACAGCCUCAACAGCGUGACGAGCGCUGACGGCUACGGCAACCGUGGGAAGACCAAACCAUCAUCAGAGCCGUUCUACUCAUCAGAUGAGAACAGAGUCAACAAGUGCUGCGUCUACAGGAAGUACCCAGCUGACUUGGCCCACAAGAUCCGCAGUGCCAACCACAUGGCGGACGACGAUGGCGCGGAGCUGGACACGCCCAUCAACUAUAGCCUGAAGUACUCUGACGAACAGUUGAAUUCUGGGAGACAGAGUCCGAGUCACCGCGGCAGCAUUGAGAGCGAUGAGGACGACGAACAGGACGCCAGGCUGAGGAGGAGGAAUGAUGCCAGCGACUCGGCACCAACCAGCAGCCGCAUGGCUUCUGUCCUGCCGCCACGCUAUGUUGUCACCACGGCAACAUCAAACUACGGCGGUGACUCAACAGGUGAGCAGCCAAUCGACUACAGCCUGAAGUAUGGUGCUGACGCUGCCCACAAACCGCUAUUCAAGCCAGAAGAGGUUGCUGCCCCCUCCGCUCCCCCACCCCCGUCAUCCUCUGCCGCUAAGCUCCGCCCCCCUCCGCCUCCAGCCAGUCGGGCGGUGCCAAAAGGUAACCAGGAGUCGACGCAGACGUACUGUGUGGAAGACACACCCAUCUGCUUCUCCAGAGGCAGCUCGCUGUCCUCGCUGUCAUCAUCAGAGGAGGAGGACGGCGAUAUCAUUGGGAGAAGGAGGAGAGGCGGGAGCGUCGUCUGCGGCGGCGGCAGUAAUGACUACCCGACACUUCCUGUCAGUGAGAAAGACGCACACGAGCAGCAGCAGAGGCAGCAGAAGGAGGCGGAGAGCCAGACCGCCACUGCUGCUGCUGUUCCCUCCACACGGGGAAGACGAGGUCACCACCACCAUCAUGGUCAUGCCCACCACCACCAUCAUCACCACCAUGUGACAUCAUCGUCCGGCGCCAGGACUCCUAAGAGUCCUCCGGAGCAGCCUUACGCUCAGGAGACGCCGCUGAUGUUCAGCCGCUGCACAUCGGUCAGCUCCCUCGACAGCUUCUCCACCUCAUCCAUCGCUAGCUCUGUGCGCUCCAGCGAGCCGUGCAGCGGCAUGCCCAGUGGCGUGGUCAGCCCCAGCGACCUGCCUGACAGCCCGGGACAGACCAUGCCGCCUAGCCGCGCCAAAACACCGCCGCCGCCAACACAGAAAACAAAGGAGGAGGAAAAGGCCAAGAAGAAGGACGAAGAGGAGAACAGCGCUGAUGUCCUGCUGCACUUCGCCACAGAGAGCACGCCACACGGCUUCUCCCGAGCCUCCAGUCUGAGCGCGCUCAGUCUGGACGAGCCGUACAUUGCAGCAGAGAUGAAGAAGAAGAAGAAAGAGGAGGAGGAUGGAGGGAACGAGGAGAGGAAGGAGGAGGAGGUGGCAAAACCAAUCCUCGACGAAUCGGACGACGACGAUGAUAUUGAAAUCCUGGAGGCAUGUAUCAACAUGGCCAUGCCCAAGUCGUCACGGAAACCAAAGAAACAGCAACAAGCAGCACCACGGAAACCCAGUCAGCUUCCAGUUUACAAGCUCCUCCCAGCUCAAAGCCGCACCCAAUCACAGCAGAGGAAGGAUUUGCUGCAGGAGGAGGUGCCGAGAGUUUACUGUGUGGAGGGAACGCCGCUUAACUUCUCCACCGCCACCUCGCUCAGUGACCUCACCAUCGACUCCCCACCCAAUGAGGAGGCAGCAGCAGCAGUCAUACCUGUAGCCCCGCCCACCUCCGCCCAGAGAAGGCGGGCCGGACUUCCUGAGGGAGAGAAUGGCGACGACAUCCUCGCUGAGUGCAUUAGUGCCGCCAUGCCCAAAGCCAAACCCAGAAAACCGAUCAGAGCGGCAGUGAACAGUGAGAAUCUCCAAGCCCCGCCCCGUCCCCCACCUCUUCCUCCUCCGGCCCCGCCUCCUCUCGGCCCGCAGCAGCAGAAGAAAAAGCCGACGUCGCCGGUCAAGCCGAUGCCCCAGCGGGCAGCGUACAGCGCCGCCACGUCAACAGCUGCCAAAGCAAAACCAGGGUUCGCCUUCGACUCGCCGCGACACUACACGCCCAUCGAGGGCACGCCAUGCUGCUUCUCACGCAAUGACUCGCUGAGCUCGCUCGACUUCGAUGAAGACGACGGUGGCGAGAAGGACGAAGAGGGGAAGAAAACAAAAGAAGAAGAAGGCAGGAAGAGGAAGCAGCAGACAGCGGCUGUUUUCCCUCGAACGAAACCUGUGACCAACCCGACAGCGACGGACGAGAAGCAAAAGUUCGCCAUUGAGGACACGCCCGUCUGCUUCUCUAGAAACUCCUCCCUGAGUUCACUGAGCGACAUUGACCAGGAGAACAACAACAAGGAGUUCGCUCUGCCGCCGCCGCCUGAGCAGCAAGAUGGAGGCAAAACAGGAACAAAGUCUCCUCCACAGGCAGAGUCAAAGCCCCGCCCCCCUGCGGCCAGCGGCUACGCCCCCAAAGCGUUCCAUGUGGAGGACACGCCCGUCUGCUUUUCCAGGAACUCGUCGCUCAGCUCGCUGAGCAUCGACUCGGAGGAUGACCUGCUGCAGGAGUGCAUCAGCUCCGCCAUGCCCAAGAAGAAGAAGAAAGCCGCUGCCGUCACUGUCCCCGCCGCUGUUGCCACUCCACUUCCUGUUCCCAAAGUCAACGACGGAAUUCUGGCCGAGGAGGAGCCUUCAGAGGCGCCAAGAAGCCCCGCCUCCCCUGACUCUGAGUCCUUUGAUUGGAAGGCAAUCCAGGAAGGCGCUAACUCCAUCGUCAGCAGCCUGAACGCCGCCGCCGCCGCUGCCUCAUCACUGUCCCGCCAACCGUCAUCAGACUCUGACUCCGUCCUGUCGCUGAAGUCAGUGGGCUCGCCAUUCCGCCUGCCAGCAGCCAAUAAUAAUGCAGCAGAAGAAGAGGUGGAGGAGAAGGAGGAGGCGGCAGUGAAGCGAGGGGCGAGGAUCCUGAAGGGUGGAGAACGCACCACGCUGGAGGCCAAGAAGAAGAAGGAGGAGGAAGAGGAGGAGGAAGAGGCAAAGGCAGUGAGAGGCGGGAAGAAGGUGUAUAGGAGUCUAAUUACAGGUAAGCCAAGGGCGGAGCCAGCAGCCAGAGGGCGGAGUAAACCCAGAGCAGCAACCGUGGCCAAAGCUCCAGGAAGCAGUGACGGCACCGACAAAGGAGGCGGGUCCUCUCGGGACUCCACGCCGUCUCGCUCUACCACAGCUGCCAGUCAGAAAGGAGGGAAGCUGUCGCAGCUGCCGCGCACGGCAUCUCCAGGAAGUGCAUCAUCAUCAUCAUCAUCAUUGGCUUCCAGACCGGCCAAACAGAGUGGGGCGGCGAGGAGUGGUGGCGGCAUCCCGAGGAGUGAGUCAGCAUCGAGGGUCAGCAGCUCCAUUGUGGCCAAGAAGCAGAAGGCGGAGCCGGAGAAGCCGGCACUCGUCCGUCAGUCGACCUUCAUCAAAGAAGCACCGAGCCCGACGCUGAAGAGGAAGCUGGAGGAGUCUGCGGCGGCAGCCGCAGCGGCGUUAGAGUCACCAUCCAGUCCUGAUACACCUCUACCGUCAACAACCAGGAGACAUGACGUCAACCGCUCCCACUCUGAGAGCCCGUCACGCCCACAGGAAGUGACAUCAUCCCGGUUCAGCCGCACUGGCACCUGGAAGCGGGAAAACAGCAGCGGGGGAGGAGGAGGGACUGCCAGUAAACACUCGACAUCAUUACCACGCGUGGGGACGUGGAAGAGGACAGGAAGCUCGUCGUCUGUGCUGUCAGCGUCAUCGGAGUCCAGCGAGAAGGGGCGGAGCGAGGAGGAGAGUGCCAUGAGGUCGAAGGGAACGUGGAGGAAGUCGAAGAGCGGCGGCGGUGACUCAUCAGCCGGGCGGAGCUUCACCGACAAAUCAGAAGACGUGUGGGUUCGUCUGGAGGACUGUCCAGUCAACAACCCGCGCUCCUCCUCUUCCUGUUCAGCCCGCUCUCCCACCGCUGCCAAUGCCCCGCCCAUCAUCGACAGCCCCGCCCCCUCCUCCUCCUCUUCCUCCUCCUCCAACCUCAACCUGCGGCGGAGCUGCGAGAGCCUCGACGACACGCUGCCGCCGCCUGAACGGCAGCAGCAGCAGCAGCAGCAGCAGCAGCGCACUCAGCAGCGCAGUGGCGCCGUGGCGGCUCGAGUCAGCCCCUUCAACUACACGCCGAGCCCGAGGAAGAGCAACACUGAUUUCACCACCACCACCACGCCAACCACCACAACAUCAUCAUCAACGACCCCCACACGACCUUCACUCAUCCCCACCCCCGUCACCAAAAAACGGGAACCGAAGGGCGGAGAGGGCAACGGCGGCGGCGGUGGUGGCAGCGGUGAACGCGGCUCGUACAUUGUGACGUCAGUGUGAAAAGAAAGAAGAAGAAGAAGAAGAAGAAUGGAAAUAUGUGGGACAGUUGACAAAAUUGGGGAAGUGUAAAUAUGGAGGGAGAAAUGUCAGAAAGUGUUUGUUUGUGAACUGAACUGUACAGGAAGUGAGUCUGUAUUUAAGUGCUAGCCCCGCCCCAUCACAUCCCUCCUCUUCCCUCAUUGGCUCCUCUCACCUGUCAGUCAAGCUUCUUUAUUCGAUGAGAGAAAACUUUAAAAUGAACUUUUUAUGUUUUUAUACCACUAAAAUGAUGUGUAGCGCUUAGCUCCGCCCCUCUCUGCCUGUGUCCCUGCAUGGUCCCGCCCCCAUCCUUAACAAUGACAGUUACCAUGGUGACAUAACGACGAUGAUGAUGAUGAUGAUGAUGACGACAAUGUUUCUGCUAGCUGUAGCGUCUGAGCUGAUUCUGCUCCUUUGGAAGUUUUCGUGUUUUUUUGAAUGGAGUUUGGUUCUGAAAACCCCCCAGAUUUUUCUCCUGCCGUCGGGUAGAAAUUAAUUUAUAUUUUCCACAUGUGGAGACAGUUUGCCGUCUGAGCCUGAAGCUGAUAAAAAUGACACUCAAUCAGUUUUUGAAUUAUUUGCCAAAAUUCCUUUAAAAGAACGGAGAAUUUUCUCACAGGCAAAGUUAAACACGGAGUCCAAAAUGAUCCAAAAUGUCCUUUGGAUUCUCAAGAAAAUUCAGCAUCCUUUUCAUCUUAUGUGUUUUUUACAUUUUUCGGACAGAGUGUGGUUUUCUAACAGCUGCAUUCAGGAGCAGAAACAGGAAUCCAAGUAGUUUAAUGAACAGAUCUGUGGUUGAACAGUUUUAGGACUCCUACUUGAAAUGUUUAAAGUUCUGUGAAUUACAAUCGACAGACUGGAACAUUUUCAGCUGCAAAGUUCAAAUUAAAAGAUUUUCUUUUUGUCAGAUGGAUGUAAAAAUCGUUUUUUCAGAACCUCACUCACAAACUACAUUUAUUCCAGAGAGGGAAGUUUGCUGCCGACUGAACUGUAAAAUAUAAAUCUGAAACACUUUGAAAAGCUUGUAUGUGAGGAAUUUGAGCUAUUUGAGUCCAUUCUUGAAUUUCCUGGUGAAUUUUGAGGAUUGUAGUUGAGAAAUCGUCUGUUGGCUGAAAACUUCCUGCUCUGUAUCGCCUUGGCAACAAAUAACACUGUAAAACAUAAGUUAUUGCUGUAAAACCUUAAAACCUUUUAACUUUGAAGCACAUAAUUUAAAACAAAAAUGAUUUUUGCCAAAAAAGUUUCCACAGUGUUUAUUCAUGGCUGUAACUUGAUUUUCACUGUUUUUAUGUUGAUGCUGGAGGAAAACGACUCAAAGGCAAAAACUUUUUGGUGAAAUGUUAACAGAUGAUGAACAAUAAAAUUCAACAUUUUAGAUGCAAGAUUA